AGAAGAAGAAACGCAACAAACUGGGUGCCAGCUGCAGUAAAACACCAAAGAAGAAGAACUGAACCCCAGACAUUUCACAAGAGAAUGGGCGCCAAAGAGGGAGUUUGGCCAUUUUUGUGAAGGAAAGACGAAGUGUGAGGAAGAGGGAAGAGCUGGUCUGACUCUACACAACCGAGAAGCGCUUUAUUCAUGUGUUAAUGACCUGAUAUGAGCCACAGAAACACAUUAACGCUCCACGAUAAAAAGGCAGCACAUUUUUAGCUUUAUUGUCAUUUCUUCACGAUGGCAAACACACGCGAGGAAGCUCUGCAGACGAUCACAGACAGUGAGGAAGAGUUCACAUGUUCUUCAGACGACGACGAAGAUUUGGAGGACGAAAGCUUUCAUUUAAAGAAACAAUCUGAAACAACAAAGGGCCCAAUUUAUAAUGAGAGUGUUGCAUUACCUUCAGGUGCAUAUCACACAAGGGCAGCAAGCAAGCGUCAUUCAUUUUUCUGCACUGAAGACAAUCUUAACCAAUGUGAGAGUGACAGUGACCAGAUCCCUGCUGCAAAGAGAGCCAGGACUCUUUCAUGGAAAGAAGAGACUGAUGUUGACCAGGUUCCUCAGACUCUGAGAUUCCUGCCUGCUCGGGAACCAGGACCAAAGUUGUCUGAUGCUGAAUCACAUUCUCCCAUGAGUCUUUUCAAACUGUUUUUCACAGAGAGCGCCAUGGAAAACCUGUGCCACAACACAAAUGCUCAGGCUGCCAGGGCAAUUGCAAAGGGCUGCAAGUACACAUGGACAGAUGUCAGUGUUGAUGAGCUGUAUCGCUACAUCGGACUCGUAUUUUACAUGGCUGUGGUGAAGAUGAGCUCCAUCGCUGACUACUGGGGGGAGGACAGUCUUUUCUCUCUGCCUUUCCCCGCCACAGUUAUGUCAAGGGACAGAUACCGCACCAUUUCCUGGAAUCUACACAUGAGUCACCCAGACGCAGACGAGGAAAACGACAGAAAGAGAGGCACAGACCAACAUGACCGUCUGUUCAGGAUCAAACCCCUCAUGGACACGAUUCGUCUUGCGUGCAAAGCCUUCUAUCAUCCUAGAAGAAAUCUAGCUGUGAAGGAGAGAUUGGUGGCAUGCAGAGCAAAUAUAGGAAUGACGGCGUACAUGAAAGCCAAGCUGACAAAGUUCAAGUUUUUUGUCCUUUCAGACUCCUCAAAUGGAUAUACUGUGGACUUUUCCGUCUACACGGGCAAUAAUAGUUUUCCAACAGACCGUGGGCUUUCAUAUGAUGCUGUGAUGUCUCUCCUGGACCGUAAAGUUUUGGGCUCUGGGUACCAUGUGUACAUGGACGAUUUCUACACCAGUCCAAAGCUCUUCACAGACUUGUUUACUCUGAAGUUUGGUGCUUGUGGGACGUACAGAGAGCAGAGGAAGGGCUUCCCAAAGUCUGCAGCUAAUUCACUGAGCAGACGCUCCAGCAGGGGAUCCAUCAGGUGGAUUCGGGACGGGCCUCUUGUGUGUGUGAAGUGGAUGGACACGCAAGUGGUGUCUGUUUGUUCCACCAUACAUGCUGCCUAUACAGGAGAGCGUGUACAAAGAAAAAUCAAAGCACAACAUACAUGGAAAACAAAGUCUUUUCCAUGUCCUGCACCUGUGACUGCAUACAGCCAGCACAUGGGGGGUGUUGACCUGUCCGAUCAACUGUUGCAAUACUACUCUGCACAACACAAAACCAUGAAGUGGUACAGAAAAAUCUUCCUACACUUCUUGGACAUUGCUGCCAACAACGCUUUCAUAUUGCACAAAGAGCUGCACGGCAACAUGACUCACGAUCAGUUCAUGGAGGAGCUUAUUGCAGAGCUCUGUGGUGUGUCACAGAAAGCAGCACCAAAACAGUUUAGCACAGACCAUGUGCCAAUCCCAGGAGCUGAGCUGACUUCAGAUGUCAGAAGAAUUGCUACUGUCGGUCGCCGGAUCUGUGUGCAUUGCAAAGUAGUGCACAGAAAAAAGCAACAAACACCUUGGAAAUGCCAGGCUUGUGACGUUCAUUUGUGUCUUCAGUUGAACAGAAACUGUUUCCAGGAAUGGCACAAAAGUCUGUGAUUGUGUUAAAAUUGGGUCUCCAAAAAAUGCCAUGAAAGAUGUAAAACAUUUUGAAAAAAAUAAUUUUGGCAAACCUCAGGCAAAUAGGUAUAGUUCAAAAAAAAUGUAUGUUUAUCUGCUUGCGCCCAGGGCAUCGAAAAUGUAGGUCAUUUUGUUUCUUCAUUAGAACACAGAAGAUUUUUAACUCAAACCAUUCCAGUAUUUCAGUCUUAUAAUAGAAGUGAAUGGAAAUCAUGGCUUUGAGGGUCAAAAAAACAUACACAGACAAAACCAAAUUAAACCCUGUAGCUCGUGACCAUACAUUGAUGUGUAAAGACACAAAACAAUCGGUCUGUGCAAGAAAGCGAACCAUAUUUAUAUAGUUUUUUUUUUUUUACAUCAAUUUCACCGCAAUGUCUGAACUGUCCUAAGCACAUUUUCAACAGUCAGUGUUUGAUAAGCCUUCUACUUGCUUUCCGGCACAUAGCAGAAUUAUAAGUGCAUUACCGCCACCUAUCUCUCAAAUGGACCAUUGACAUUCCUAAUUGAGAUUGUAGAUAUUGUUUCAAUGGUCCAUUUGAGAGAUGGGUGGCGUCAAUGCACUUCUAAGGUUGCAAUCUGCUGUAAAGCAAGAAGACGUGUCGAACAACGACUGAAGAAUACGAAAACCCGUAAAUCCCAUAAAGAUCCCGUAAAGAUCCUGUAAAAGACACAUGAAAUUGCGAUGACACAUUUUGUUUCACUUAGCUAGCGAAUGAUCUCAACUUCAGCCCAGAUAGUGAGGAGCUAACUAGUGUUAGGCGAUAUGGUCAUUUUUCAUAUCGUCAGCCCGUGAGAUCGACGAUACACAAUAUUAUCGUGCAUGGGUGGAGCGAGAGAGAGACUCUCUGUUCUUGUCAUAGCAUAACUAUUCAGUGUUUUAAACCACGCAGGUGCGCGAGAGAGAGCCUGUGGAAUCCCCAAUAUACUAAAAAAUAUACUUUCAAACAUACUGAUAAACUAACGUUAAAUAUAAAAAAUAAUGUAUUUAAAACAGCUAGUUCAUAUAUAGUCUGACGGAAUGUCAUAUCUUGCGUCCUGUGACAAAUCUGCCGCAUCUGUGCAUGGAAGUUAUCAGUCUAAAUGUUCAGCAAAAUCAGUCAACUGUGAAAAUCAAUAGUAGAUUUCAUUUAAAGUUCAGCAGUUUAAAACUAAUGUUGGACAUAAACGAGCAUGUUAAAUAUAAAUUAUUCAAAACAGGUAAGUUCAUAUAUUUGGAGUACAGUUGAAUUGAACUGAUGCAUCAGUCAUACAGCGCUCCAGACCGCGUGCCUCAUGACGAGACCGAUGCAGCGCCACAGAAACAAGAAUGAGAUGCAUUCUAACAUAACUGUAAAAUUUAACUCAGUUAGUGAGGGCUCGUUUAAAAUUAUGCUCAUAUAUAGGCCAUUCAGAUUAGUUGUUAAAGUGCAAUGCUACAGGCUCUAAUUCUCAUUUGUGUGUGUGCGUGCGUGUGAAAUGCGGUGCUAAAGUGAAAUAGCUGGGCAGUUUAAGCUGAAUUGUAAUAGGCCACCUAAUAAAAAUAAUAAUAAUUUUAAAUACAAAUAAUAAAUUUCUGGGACCAACGUGCAGUGUGAAAGGAGCUAAAGUCACUUAGAUCUUGGUUGCGCUGGGGGUAAGCAGAUAAACAGAAAAUGUUAAUUUUUGUGUGAACCAUCCCUGUAAGUGUUCAUUAAAAAAUCUAUGAAAUGGAAGGCCAAAAUGUUCAGAAAUGGACUAAUUAACAACAAUUUAAAACGACUUAAAGGAGGAAAAAAUAAAAACAAUGCUCAUAAAUUAAAAAUUAAAAAAAAAACUUUUUUCCUUUUUCUUUUUGAAAACUUGUUUCUUUUUUCUGAUACAAAAGAUGUUUUGUUUACUUUUUAAAGCUGUAGGCUACAUUAUUAAUACUCCAAUAAAGUUGAAUUGAAAUUAAA